AGCUGAUGGCGAAUGAUCAGAAACCAGCAGCUCGAGGAACUUCAGCAGUCUUUUAUAAACUCUUAUUAAUGUUCGUUCUGAAGAUGUUUCGCGUGUUGUCUGCUGUUCUGCUGCUGUGUGUGUGCGGUGUGUGUGUGCGCGUGAGCGCGGAGCGCGCGGGAGAUUUCGGAGUGAAACUGUGCGGGCGCGAGUUCAUCAGAGCCGUGAUCUUCACCUGCGGAGGCUCCCGGUGGAGGAGGAGCGCGCAGGACCCCGGUCUGCUGCUGCUGGACGCGCUUCAGGACGCUCUGGACACAGACGAGGCGCUCGGACCGAAUGCAGACCCGUCCCUCGCGGAGCUGCUGCCGGUGAUGAUGAGCGACAGACCGGAGACGCUCGAGCGGCCCCGUCCCGACCGGAGGAAGCGGAACUUCUCCAUGGGACUGGCGGGAAUGUGCUGUAAUCAGGGCUGCACCAAAAACGACAUCGGCCUCCUGUGCUGAUGAUGAUGAUGAAGGACUCACUGAUGAAGAACUGAACUGUUAGAUCGUCCCAGUGCUUCAUUUGUGUUCAUUUAUUUCACAUCUGUUCAUAUGACCACAUGAAUAAACAACUUCUUGAUUGCAACUUUUAUAUUUACUGACUAAUAAUCUGUUCAUAAGAUUCACCAAACGAAUA